AUGGAAGGAAGAGUGGUCGACGGUUCUAGAUCUGACAUUAGACGGCACCCGUACUCAGCGUUUAUUAUGAUUGCGGAAUCUAACACUGCAUUUAUCUGUGGAUCUUCUAUUGUGAAUCAAAAGUUGCUGCUAACUGCUGCACAUUGCUUCGACGAUCUAAAUGAAAAUUCCGUCGGAACGGCUAGUGUCGGUCAUACGGACAAACGUAAAGGAUUCGUUAUCAACAUGUCAACUGUAAAGAUACAUCCUCAUUACAAUCCAAUAAAAAUAGUCAACGAUAUUGCGUUAGUUGGUUUAGUACAAGCUCUUAAAUUUAGUGACACAGUUAAAAGAGUCGCUCUCGCUCAUGAUAAUCCACCUAAAAAUACUAUCGCCGUGCUUGCAGGGUGGGGAAUAGUUAACGAAAAACCAAUCAAAUCCACAAACGUAUUGCACGAAACUGAACAAAAAGUUUGGACACGCCAGGAUUGUAUGAAUUUUAUGAAAAAAAUACCAUUGGGAACAUUUUGCGGUGGAGAAGUGGCAUAUGGUGGAUAUGCGGCUCUAGGUGACUCUGGUAGCCCUCUCGUAGUAAAUAACUUCCUACAGAUUGGUUUGGUAUCCUUCAAGAAGCUUCAUAUAUCAACAAGUGUCAUCAUAUACACUGAUGUCUCGUACUUUUAUGACUGGAUCGUUGAAAAUGCUCGGUUGUUAAACUCAAGUUUGGAAGGACGGAUAGUAAGUGGUUAUCAAGUGGAAAUCAAUCGAUAUCCACAUUCAGUAUUUUUAAAUUUCCGUAACAACAAUCCAAAGGCAUGUGGCUCCUCUCUUAUUACGAAUCAGGCUAUCAUCACUGCUGCUCAUUGUUUGGAUGAGCUCGAGUACCUCAAAGGCGAAAUAACAGCCUACUUUGGAUCGAGUGUACCACAAUACUCUAAGUUGAGAAGGCACGUUAUAGCUUACCGUGUUCAUCCAAAAUAUGAUAGAGAAAAGGGGAGACAUAAUUUAGGUAUAGCUUUAUUAAAUGAAAGAGUGCCUUUGAAUUGCAAUGUACAGAAAAUUCCAAUUGCUGUUAACUUUCCAACGCCGAAUGAUAUUUUAUUUACUAGCGGCUGGGGUAAGCAAGAUCGUAAAAAGUUCCCUGACCCUAGCGGCUAUCGACCUUUGAAGGCAUCUAAACAUAUUUUAAUAACUACGCACGAGUGUGAAAAGUACCACAAUUACCGCAUGUCUCCGGCGUACCUGUGUACUAAAUCUCUUAAUGGAUAUCAUUAUCACGGAGACGCGGGAAAUGGACUGGUAACUAAGAACGCCUUUCUAGUUGGCGUAGUUUCUUACGUGGUCAACGAUAUUACCGUCUACUCGGACGUGACGCGCCAACAUGAAUGGAUUGAGGAAUCGAUCAGAUCACUUAUGGACGAUUGCAAGCGUUGA